UGAUGCAGGUGCCGCGGAUCAUCCUGUGGCUGAUGGUGGAGCUGGCUAUCAUCGGCUCUGACAUGCAGGAGGUCAUCGGCUGUGCCAUCGCCCUCAAUCUGCUGUCAGUCGGCAGGAUUCCUCUGUGGGCUGGAGUGUUGAUCACCAUCAUUGACACAUUUGUCUUCCUGUUUUUGGACAAGUACGGUCUGAGGAAGCUGGAGGCGUUCUUUGGGUUCCUCAUCACCAUCAUGGCCCUCAGCUUUGGUUACGAGUAUGUGCGUGUGGCUCCAGACCAGGUCGCGGUGCUGAAGGGCAUGUUUGUGCCGUACUGCAGCGGCUGUGGACCUGCACAGCUGGAGCAGGCCGUCGGGAUCGUGGGAGCCGUCAUAAUGCCUCAUAACAUCUACCUGCAUUCUGCUCUCGUGAAGAAAUGGAGCUCAUUGAUCUUGUUGAUGCUCUUCUGCAGGAUUCCUCUGUGGGCUGGAGUGUUGAUAACCAUCAUUGACACUUUCGUCUUCCUGUUUUUGGACAAGUACGGUCUGAGGAAGCUGGAGGCGUUCUUUGGGUUCCUCAUCACCAUCAUGGCCCUCAGCUUUGGUUACGAGUAUGUGCGUGUGGCUCCAGACCAGGCCGAGGUGCUGAAGGGCAUGUUUGUGCCGUACUGCAGCGGCUGUGGACCCACGCAGCUGGAGCAGGCCGUCGGGAUCGUGGGAGACGUCAUAAUGCCUCAUAACAUCUACCUGCAUUCUGCUCUCGUGAAGUUUGUCUCAAAGCUUAAUGACACUCUUUCCGUGAUCGUAGCUAAAGGGCACAUCGAGCAGCGUCUUGAGGAGGAGAGGCAGAAGAUGGUGCGAGGAGAGCGUUCAGAGGGACGAUACCUCACAUUCUUCCUAUCUCAGACCGGAGUUCCUCUGAAAUCUGUGUACAGCAACGUGACGGAGCUGCUGCUCGCUGGCAUCGACACGCUCUUCAGAAGAGACUCACGAAGCCUCCUUCAUAUCCCAACCGAGAGACGAGUGAGAAGAAAGCUGUGCAUUUAUAGACGCCUGUAUGUCAAACAAAUGAGGAGAAAGCCCAUGGAGAGGAGCAGCUCACGGAAAUGA